GUCCAGUUUAAAGGUCAGUAAUAAUUGCAUUUUAACAGUCCAAAGUCUUUAAUUCAGCCUUUACAGGCCUUAGAGGACAGAGGACCUACUGAACUGCGCAGUUACUCAGACUCACUUCACUCACUCAGUCUCUCUCAGCUCAGAGAUGCCGACAGGACGAUGGCCCACCUAAUGAGGGCUGAAAUCUCUGUGCCACCUCGAUGACGUCCACCUUGCAUGGAACGCAAAUGCACCAGACAGUUCUGGAGCACAGUUUGCAGAGCUAUUUUUCAAACGAGCUUUGGAUUAGAAAGAAGGAUCGACUGUGAGAUGGCAACUGAGAAUAAGGUGAUCAAGUGUAAGGCCGCAGUGGCCUGGGAGCCAGGAAAGCCGCUCUGUGUUGAAGAAGUGGAGGUCGCACCACCCAAAGCUCAUGAAGUGAGAAUUAAGGUGGUUGCUAGCGGUGUGUGUCACUCAGACUGGGCGUAUUUGUAUGAGUGCGGUAAAGUAAUGAGGCCCCGUCCCUUUCCUGUGGUGCUAGGGCACGAGGGGGCUGGGGUGGUGGAGAGCAUCGGGCCGGGGGUGUGUGGAUUCUCUCCAGGAGAUACAGUGAUCCCUCUGUUCCUGCCUCAGUGUAAAGAAUGCGAGUUCUGCAUGAGCCCAAAAACAAACCUGUGUUCAAAAAACUGGGAGAAAACUCAGCAGGGUGUUUUGGAGGAUGGCUCAAGCAGGUUCACCUGUAGGGGGCAGCAGGUGUACCAGUUUGUCGGCGUCGGCAGCUUCAGUGAGUAUACGGUGGUGCCCGAAUACAACAUCGCCAAAAUCCAUCCGGAUGCUCCGCUGGACAGAGUCUGCCUACUGGGCUGCGGAGUGUCCACCGGAUAUGGAGCUGCUCUAAACACAGGAAAGGUUGAAACCGGCUCCUCCUGCGCUGUGUUUGGUUUGGGUGCUGUGGGUUUGGCUGCUGUUAUGGGCUGCAAGGCUGCCGGUGCCAGCAGGAUCAUCGGCAUCGACAUCAACCCAGAUAAGAUGGAGAUUGGCAGGAAGUUUGGAGUCACUGAGUUUGUAAACCCCAAAGACCACGAUAAACCCAUUAAGGAGGUUCUGAUGGAGAUGACCGGUGGAGGCCUGGACUUCUGCUUUGAGUGUGUGGGAAAUGUGGCCGUUAUGAGGUCAGCAUUGGAGUCCUGUAAAGCUGCGGGGGGUACCUGUGUGAUUGUGGGCUGGACAGAGCUGGAGGAGCUUACACUGACACCCUUUGACAUCCUACUGGGACGAACUCUGAAGGGCAGCUACUUUGGUGGCUGGAAGGGUGUGGACUCAGUGCCCAGGCUGGUGGAGGACUACAUGAGUGGCCAGAUAAUGCUGGAUGAGUUUGUGACACACACACUCUCACUUGAGCAGAUUAACAAGGCCUUUGACCUGAUGGUCAGUGGGAAGAGUGUCCACUCUGUGAUAAAGAUGUGAGCUGAAGCCGUGUGUGUUGACAUACUGUGUCAAAUCCCAGUUCUGCAGCCUUGACAACAGCAUCAGUCGCCAUAACGACAAGAUCAGUCACCAUAGCAACAGCAUCAGUCUGCUGUGGUCCCAGGAAACCAUUCCUAACAUACUACUUCCAUGCAUUUUAAAGAAAAAAAAAAAAUCAUAUAUCAAAUAUAUAUAUACAUAUACAUAUAUAUCAUAUUCAUACAUUUAUAUAUCUACAUAAAGACCUUCAUGUUGUAGAUUGUAGACACAAUCUUUCUGAUGAAAAGAAAAAUAAAUACAUGACUUGUAUGACCUGUAUGACAUGUAACAGGUUUUGAUGUUAUAUUAAUAUUGAAACAACUUGAUAAUUAUUUCAUUAAGUAAGGAGGACUUAGCAAGGACAGUUUUUGUAACUCUUCAUACUAACACGAGAAGGAGUUUCAUGACUUUAUACUUCUUAGGCUUCUAAAGUGAUGUUUAAUAAAUAAAGGGAAAAUAAUUGGCCCAAUCA